CCUACUAUUGACUAGAGACAAUGUACAUAUGUCGUUCGAGCACCUUCAUCCGAGGGAGAGAUAAAAUUAGAGAGUGAAAUCGAGGUCUGUGUUGCCGUUACCGUAGAAAGAUUUGAAACCCUAGCGAUGUCGUCUAUGGAGCCAUCGUUUUUAACUUCGGAUUCUCAAAACUGGUUAGAAUUGCCUCGCGAUGUGACCCUGAUGAUCUUGAUGAAAUUGGACACCAUAGAAAUCCUUGAAAAUGCUCAAUUUGUAUGUAAAUUAUGGUACAAUCUCUGCAAAGACCCCUCUAUUUGGCGUAACGUUAUGAUGCAGAAUGUUGACGAGCCUGAAUUGGCCUUUAAACACGAGAAAAUGCUGUAUAGCGCUGUUGAUCGUAGUUCCGGUGGUUUGAUCAAAUUGGAUAUUGAAGGUUUUGGGAGCGAUGAACUUAUAUCCUACAUUUCUCAGCGAUGUAGUCAGCUGAAACAGCUUCGCCUUGCAUGCUGCUACUCUAUAUCAGCCACUGCCCUAAUUCAAGCUUUUGAGAAGUUUCCAUUGCUGGAGGAGCUCGACAUUACUCUGUGCCCAUUCACGGGAAACCAAACUAUACAAAUUAUUCGUUGUUGCCCCUCUUUGAAAACUUUUAAAUUGAACGAGCAAGGAUCUAGAAAUCCUACUAUGGCAUGUGACGAUGAGGCAUUGGCGAUUGCGACAAGCAUGCCUAAACUGCACGUCCUUCAACUUGUUGGAAAUAGUCUAACUGACGAAGGUCUGAAAGCAAUUCUUGAUAACUGUCCUCAUCUUCAGUCACUUGACCUCCGUGCAUGUUUUCAUGUGAAUUUUGAUGGGGAUUUAUGGAAGAGAUGCUGUGCACAGAUCAAGGAUAUACGGCGUCCCUGUGACUCAACUGAAGACUACAACUAUCUUACCACUGAUUAUGAUAGUGAUUUUGAUGAAAUCUAUGCAGAUGAAUAUGAUGACAUGGACUAUAUGUCUGAUGAUGACUACUAUGAUUUUUCACCAGACGACGACGUCCCUUUUUAUGAAGACUAUUAAAGCAUACACUGUGAGUGCUUGAAUUCCCACCAGUGAUAGGUUAGCAUUUGCUUAUGCUCGAAGUAAUGCACUUUGUUUAAGUUUAUUCUUCACCGAGUCUGCCUACUUACCCCCCCCCCCCCCCCCCCCCAAUCAUGCUUUCCAGAGGAAGGUAAUAGUAUCAACAGGAUCAGAGAUUUUAGCCAAGAAUAUCAACGGCAUCGAACACUUGAGUAAUGCUCCUUACAAUGCAGUAUAGUAAGGAUGACUAGUUAAGGAAACUUUAUCAUGUAGACUCUAGUUGCUGAUUGUGGUUGAUGUUUGACUUCUAGCAUUGUAUAGUUAAUGUGAUUCUUCUGUUGUUUUGCGUCUACUUUCGUAUGAGAGAUGCGUGGUGCUCGAUACUUUCAGUUCUUUUGAAAGCACUUCUUUGGUACCGUGAAAUGCUGGUCAUUGGCUCGCUGUCUUAUUUGCAGUUUGAACUUGAUUUGUUGGUACUUGAAUCAAUGUUUAUUUAGGUGGUAUUUGCCUUAGAUCCUCACCACUUUAUGCAUGUACUCCCUAGUCUUUUCUCUAAGCCUUUCCUUUAUUUUGGCAGUACAUUUUUCAUCAUUGGAGUGCUCACUAGGGUUUGAAGUACGAUCUUACAUUAACUUUGUUGUUGGGUAUCGACGACAAUUUGUUAGUGGCUCUCAUUUAGACGGAGUUUAGUGGCUUGGUUGUACUUGUACACAACUUUGUAUCAUUGUAGUACUCACUACUAGGUUUUUUUCGAUGGACUCUUAAUAGUCACUAUUAUCAGCAACUUGCAUAAAUAUGAUGUACAUAUGAUUUUAAAUGGACUUGAUUAUAAUUGUUGCAAAAAAUUAUAAAUCUGAUUCCAACGUUACCCAUGGAGAAUGAACAUUUGUCCGGUAGCAGACUAAUUAAUGAAAAUAUCUUUACAACCGAAAACCUUUCCGUUUGUGUUGAAGCUGUGCAAUGAGCCAAUAAGGGAUGAAUCUGCAACUGAAGUCACGCGCACUCAUUAGGCCCUUGCAUUAGCACUAGUUCUUGGGUGGUUGUGGCCAUUCUGGAGACACUGAGACGGUGUUUAUUCAGGCUAACGACAGGGAGGGAUUGAUCUUUUUCUGUAAAAUCAAAUUCUUAUCAUAAAAACAGGAAUUUGUAUUUAUAUUAAGACGGUACAUUGCAAAUCCUAAACCUUAGAAAUUUCAUUUCCUUAUUAUUUAACUUCUAUUGUUCAUUAAAUUAUUUAAUUUUAAGGAAACUACCUGACUAUCAAUAAGCUUACACUUUGCUCGC